AAAGAGUCCUGUAGAUUGUUCUGAAACUACCAGGAAAUCAUUAACAAAGAGUCCUGUAGAUUGUUCUGAAACUACCAGGAAAUCAUUAACAAAGAGUCCUGUAGAUUGUUCUGAAACUACCAGGAAAUCAUUAACAAAGAGUCCUGUAGAUUGUUCUGAAACUACCAGGAAAUCAUUAACAAAGAGUCCUGUAGAUUGUUCUGAAACUGCUGGGAAUUCAUCAGCAAUGAACCCUGGGAUUAAGGACAGCAACUGCAGCAAGAGCAGACUCACCACUGUUCCUCUAGACGUCUAUGAACCUAUCAACUCAGAUGAAUUAUUUGGCAGUGGAGCUGAUGACGGGAAACAGACAGCAUUUACAGUCAGCAAACAUGAUUGUAAGCAGCUGUGUGGUCGGAAAUGUGUAGCUGAGUGUGAUCCGUAUUGCAUGACCUGUUGGGAAGCCUUGAAGCUACAGCUAGUGGAGCAGCAAGCAAGACUGACACAUCAUCCUCAAAGUGACCUUCAACCUGCAUGUAUUCCAUCUUCCCCUAUGGCAGGGUGUGAGAAGCCUGUGUCCAACUUGACCCUCCCUCUGUUACCUUGCUCCACAGAACAAGGUGACGGAACUAAAGCCAGUCCAAUGUCACAUGAUGAAAGUCAGCAUGGGAAGAAUCCUGAGUCACCACCUUCUGAAACAAGGUCAAGGAAAGGUGAUCCAGCUGAUCGUAAAAGGCCAGAAAAGAAGAAAAUACGUCUGAAGUUUGUACCCCAGGAUAAAGCUGACUUCAACGAGGUCUGCUCCUCUGGUGUCAUCAUCUGCUUGUGGAAUAAGCACAACAUUGAUAAUGGAACACAUCCUCUGUUUGAGAAGAUUGGAGAGGUUGUUAAAACCAGUCGUCUUAAGGAAUUCAGAACAUGUCUACAACAUGACCAGGUGGUUGCCACUGAUGGAGGGAAAUCAACAGCUGCCCUUGUCGUCCACUGUAAAUACCACCCUGUGACCAGGAGACAGGUGGCCAGUGCCCUGGUCAGAUGCCUCGAGUUUGUUGAAGCGAGCAAGAAGAUAAAGACCAUAUUUCCAGUCAAGUUCUCUGAUGACCUUUGUGACAACCUAGAUGUGGUGAUACCUGCUACUAUGUAUGCUAUAUCCAACAUCCAGAAGUCCACAAAUUACACACAGAACCUGGACAAGUUCUACUUAUAUGUUGCCAAUGAGAGCAUUGCGACACAGUGCAAACAGAAGCAUCGGGAGAUACUGGAUGACAAGAAGAGCAGACAGCGUUCUCAAAGCAGACGCCAAAAAUGUCACAAAUGCAAGACAAAUCCAGCAUCGAAAUUGCAGCCUCUGCCUCUGUCUGGUUCAUGCAAGGAUGAGUGUGCUGUGUUUUGUAUCCAGUGCUUGCAGGAGGGACGACACAAUCAGCUUGACUGCCCCAACCACGGCCCAUGCUUCUCUCCUAUAGGUCACCAGAAUACAUUUGCAUUACUUGUCGCUGGGUACUACGCAACAAGAGAAAAUGUGGCCAAACUGUUUUGUUGCUGA